GUGUUUACGGCCUCUCUUGAUAAUUGCAGUGAUAGAGGUAAACAAGCAAACUCGGCGUGACUUUCCGCUCCUAAAAGUGGGAAUACCAUAAAGAGAGUGACAAUGCUGCUCCAAAAUCGAGCUGUGUUUGCUCUUGGUCUUCGCAUGUGCUCCACUCAUGUGUCGAGAGGACAUUUGGUGGAUACAGCGAGACCCAACUCAGACAUGUCUGAAUUCCGCGAGGUCUUUUCCAAAGCCAAGCACAUAGCAAUCAUCACAGGGGCCGGUGUGAGUGCAGAGAGUGGAGUACCAACCUUCAGGGGAGAAAAUGAGAAGUGGAGAAAGUGGCAAUCUCAGGACCUGGCGACCCCAGAGGCUUUCUCCCGCACUCCGUCACGGGUCUGGGAGUUCUACCACUACAGAAGGGAGAUGACUUUGGGCAAGAAACCCAACACUGCCCAUCUGGCUAUAGCAGAGUGUGAGGCCCGGCUGAAGAAGCAGGGACGCUCAGUGGUCGUCAUCACCCAGUGCAUCGACGACCUGCACCGACAGGCUGGGUCCAAACAUGUGCUCAAGGUUCACGGCAAUCUGAUGGAGACGCGCUGUGUGAGUUGUGGACAUGUGACCGUGAACAAGCGAAGCCCCAUAUGCGCUGCCUUAAAGGACAAAGGCUCACCUCACCCAGAUGUUGCUGAUGCCCAGAUUCCUGUGGAUAAACUGCCAAGGUGCGGCGAACCUGACUGCCACGGUCUUCUGAGGCCCAACUUGGUGUUUUUUGGAGAAACCCUGGACUCUCACAUCCUGACCAAAGUGGAGAAAGAGAUGGAAACAUGUGAUCUCUGUCUGGUGGUGGGCACGUCUUCAAUCGUUUACCCAGCAGCCAUGUUUGGCCCCCAGAUUGCAUCGAGGGGCAUCCCGGUGGCUGAAUUUAACACAAAUCCUACUCCAAAAUCGGAGUACUUCACGUUCCAUUUCCAGGGCCCAUGUGGAACCACGCUGCCUCCAGCUUUGGCGCGGCAUGAGUCAGAGGUUGUUUAAAAGCUUGUUUGUAAAGAGAACAACUUUACAAACACCAACCAGUGGCUUUUUCUACAUACUAAUGCAAUCCAAUGCUGGGCGGAGUCCGGGGGGUGGGGAGGGGGGGUUCAUAUCAUAUUUUAUUCCAAAUGUUUGCCUUAAAAGCAGUUUAGCUCUCAUUGCUUGGUAGCGGGAGAGUUAAGCUUAGAAUUAGCUUUUUAAGACUUUGCAAUGGGUCUCUUAAUACUUGAAUAUACUGUAUAGCUUAAUAAACUGGAAAUGGGAUAUUGGAAAUUUGUCGCUUUGAGUUAGGCAGGAGCGGUGCGGCUUGGUAUAAGAAAGGGAAUGCACUAUGUAUGUAAUUAUUUGCAUAGGAUAAUAUCUCAGAUAUCAGCAGGUAUCUUGCAGAUGCUGGUGAGGGACUGUCACAUUGCUGUGGAUUAGAACAUACUCCUCCUGGUGCCAAUGGAGAACAUUCCUCUUUUCUCUUUCCACAGAAUGAACAGAUGUACAGAGCGGAGCAUAAUCUUGUGCCUUUCAAAACUGUUUACACAACCUUGACCAAACGCUCGCUUGAAACCUCAAGUGCAAAUCAACCAAUGUUACAGAGAUGUAGUCAAGUGUACAGAGUUUGCUUUGGACCAAGGACAGAGAGGGUAGAGAGGGAAAAUGUUGUCUCUCCAGUCCUGGUCUGAAUCAGCAUUAUUCCCUUCUCAUGCUCUUUGAAUGUGUUUAUCAUCAUAUCAGUAUCCUGUAGUCACAUGUCAUGAGUUAGUCAUGAUAUAUUUUUACAUGUUAGAGUCUGUAUUCAAAAACUAUAUGUGUUCAAUAACUGUAUAUGGAAUAUGUGUAAUAAUGAGAGCAGUCUUAUAUUUGAUAACAUGAUUAUAUUUUUUAACCACUGUUUUGCCCUUAAAUAUCGGGCACAAUUCAUUAUGAUAAAAAAAACAAACUGCCAAUGCAAUUAAACAGGACGUAAUAAUUAAAACACUAAAUCUACA